AUGUUGGUUCAUCUUUUGUUCUUAUUAUCUCUUAUAGCUCAGUCUAGCUAUGGUGCUAAAUCUACACUGCAGACUCUUCAAGUACAGCCUCAGUACUUCAACCCAAAGUUGCCACCCAAAUCACUCUCUGCUUCCGAUAAGUUUGAGGGUUCAUCGGACCUCGUUAGUCUACGCUAUCACAUGGGUCCGGUGUUGUCAUCUCCGAUCAACAUAUACCUCAUAUGGUACGGGAAGUGGGCCGCAUCUCAGAAGCUGUUAAUCAAGGACUUUUUACUCUCUAUCUCCACCUUCAACCACCGUGCUGCUCCCUCUCCUUCGGUGGCGGAGUGGUGGCGCACUGUAUCCCUCUAUACAGAUCAGACGGGAGCUAACAUCUCACGCUCUGUACUCCUUGCUGGUGAGUACUCUGACCAUCUCUACUCCCACGGCAACCACCUCACUCGCCUCUCAAUCCAGGAAGUCAUUGCCACCGCAGUCCGAUCAAAGCCCUUCACUGUCGACCACAAGAACGGCAUCUACCUAAUCUUAACCUCGGUUGAUGUAACUAUGCAAGAUUUCUGCCGGGCAGUUUGUGGGUUUCACUACUUCACCUUCCCAUCAAUGGUGGGUUACACAUUGCCCUACGCUUGGGUCGGAAACUCCGGCAAACAGUGCCCUGAAGUUUGUGCCUACCCGUUUGCAGUACCAGGUUACAUGGGCGGUGGUGGUCCAGGGGCUCUGAACCCACCCAAUAGCGACAUCGGAGUUGAUGGGAUGAUAAGUGUGAUAGGUCACGAGCUGGCUGAAUUGUCGUCUAACCCACUGGUGAAUGCUUGGUACGCCGGCGAAGACCCAAUGGCACCGACGGAAAUAGGAGAUCUGUGCGAAGGAUUGUAUGGGACUGGCGGCGGAGGUGGGUACAUUGGGCAGGUCAUGAGGGAUAAACAAGGACGGACUUACAAUUUGAACGGGAGAAGAGGUAGAAAGUUUUUGGUGCAGUGGAUAUGGAGUCCAGUUAUCAAGGCCUGUGCUGGUCCAAAUGCUUUAGACUAG